UUAUAAAUUAAUAAGUCGCAGUAUUUUAAUUGUCGAAGUUGUAGAUUCGUAGGUUCGAAGACGAUAUGGAAUUACUGUGGCACCAGAAUCUAGGGCUUGAAUUAGAUCAAUAUACUAUUUUGCUAGUCAUACUAGGUUUAAUGAACAAUACGCUGUGCUUUAAAAGUGAACAUAAUAGCGUUAAAUUGACGAAAGGAAACACGAAUACUUAUUGAUUUCUUAUGAAUGACUUUAUGCCCGUUACAAAAAUACUCAGUUCCUAUCCUUUUAAUAUUCCAUAAAAUAUAGUCGUCAUUAAUAAACGCAACAGCCCACGUUUUCUGAAUUUCCCGAAUUCCCGUUUCACAAGGACGAAAGGAAAAUCAAUAUUCUAGUGGAAGAUCAGCACUGUGGGGGCAACAGGAAAAUGGCGGAAAACCGUGUGUUGGCGACAUAUGUCUUGGAUGGUUACCCAAAAGUGUUUCUGUGAUAAUUUCGGCCCAUCUGCAUAACAAUAAAUAUGGUAAUGCUGCUUUAUCAGUGGGGACAAGAAAUGACUGAGCAUUAAAUCGUAUAGCUGAAAUUGCUUGAACAGAUAAUAGUUAUAAAAGCUACGGUGAGUAGAAGCUAUUCUGUGUUAGUUAAAAAUUAGUAUUGAAAGUGAUGCCUCUCACAGACAUUUUACGACGGGCUUCAACCUACAUUCUUGGCUAUGAAGAAGCGGCUGAAAAAAUGAUGAAAUAUGAUAAUAAUGAGGUACUGUUUUGCAAAAAUAACGUUUGUGUGCAUCCACCAGCUAUGGUAAGACAUGAAAAUGAUAUUCUGCAUAAUCCAGGAUAUUUAACAGUCACAACGAAAAUAUUUGUUGAUCAAUAUAAUGACGUGAAACGACCCACAUUAUUCCUCACUUGGAUUCCAAAUACCGAUUUAUCAAAGUGCACGACGCCGCUUCAAAACACAUUGCACAAAAAGCAAACCAGCUUGGAAAGUUUGACUUCCAACGACUCAUUUAACAGUAGCACUUCAGAAAAUGCGCUUCGACCUUCCAGUAUUGAGCUGAAAAGUACGAAUCCCUUUCUGAACUUUGAUGACAAAAUAGACACUUCUGAGUCGAUCAGUUCGGAGGAGAGCGACAAGAAUACCACGGGAAUCAAUAUAAAUGUGGACAUUUCGAAUCCGGAAAUAGAAAUUAUUCAAACACCGGAUAGCAUCAAGGAUCCGAUAGAUCAGUUUGAGUUUUGCAGAAGCGCCAGCGUUACAUCUACAGAUAGCCAAUACCCUUGGAUUACUACUCCGGAAUAUUUGAUGCAGAAACACAAUCUUAGUUUUCCGGAUAGUGUUAAUAAUUCUCCAAUAUUGCACACAAAACGCCUACAUAAAUGCAGGAGAUUUAGCGUGGACUUGAGCCAGAUGAGAUCUUUACGAUUAUUUUUUAACGACAACAGCUGCACUUGCGGACAACUAGUUGUAGCUUCCAGAGAGUCGCAAUAUAAAAUUCUACAUUUUCACCACGGUGGUUUAGAUCAUUUAGCUCAAGUGCUACAUCAGUGGCAUUCUCUACUGCAUAACAUUAAAUCUGCCAAGGGUGGAGAUGAAAAUCUACCCUACAGACACUUUAUGGUUUGCCGGCCGGAAGUGUCUGAAAUUGAACUACAUCCGGAAGAAGGCCAAGUGCCGAAGCUCUCAGAGGAAGUUUUCAGGGGCCUGUUCAAUGAAGCAGGCCACCUAGAAGAUGAUCUGACUUUGAGAAAAUACGUAUUCUUUUCUGGAAUGGACAGAGAUAUUAGGAAGGAAGUGUGGCCGUUUUUGCUUCACAUGUAUCCUUAUCAUAGCACAUUUGAAGAACGAUUGCAAAUAGCAGAAAUUCGAAGACAGGAAUAUGAAGAAAUUACCAGGAGACGCUUAGACUUGAAUGAGAACAGACUUAAUCAAUUCAGAAGGAAAAUACAGAGUGUAGUGGAAAAAGACGUAGUUAGAACAGAUAGAGGAAAUCCCUUUUUUGCCGGAGACAAUAAUCCAAACUUAACAAUAAUGAAAAACAUUUUGCUCAAUUACGCAAUUUUCAACCCUGGAUUGGGAUACACACAAGGCAUGAGCGAUUUACUUUCACCUGUAUUAUGCGAACUGAAAGACGAGGUGGCUGCGUUUUGGUGUUUUGUGGGAUUGAUGCAAAGAGCAGUAUUUGUGGCUACGCCAACUGAUAGAGAUAUGGACAGAUCACUAAAGUAUUUAAGAGAACUAGUUAGACUGAUGGUGCCAAAAUUCUACGAACACCUUCAAAAGUACAAAGAUGCUAUGGAACUGCUGUUCUGCCACAGAUGGAUAUUACUAUGCUUCAAAAGAGAAUUUACUGAAGGAGUGGCAUUGAGAAUGUGGGAGGCUUGCUGGGCAAAUUACUUAACCGAUUAUUUCCACUUAUUUUUGUGUCUGGCAAUUAUAUCCGUAUACGCUGACGAUGUGAUAGCUCAAGAUUUAAGAGCUGAUGAAAUGUUGCUACAUUUUAGCUCGCUAGCAAUGUAUAUGGACGGUCAACUAAUUGCGAGAAAAGCAAGAGGACUUCUUCAUCAAUUCAGACAAAUGAGGGAGAUUCCUUGCAGCGUAAAUGGAUUAUGUACGAGAUGUGGACCAGGAAUCUGGGAUAGUUCCCAUAGUCCUAGAAUCUUCUGUAGUUGCAAUGGCCCAUGUACAAACACUAUCACUACUGGUAUUUAAAAGUAAAUAUUUAGGUUUAAAAAUAUCUGCUUUUGUAGCAUUUCUCAAAAAAUAUAGGUUUGUUAACUGUUACAGUUUAUAUGAUGUGCAUUCUACACAAUCACUUUGUAGUGGUAUUUCUACUAGUAACGUACUGUGAAGGCAUUAUUAAACAAAAUUAUUCGGUUCGUCUGAAAAGAUAUUGGUAUAUAUUUUAUGAAAAGAUUAAUCCUUAAAAAGUAAGUGUAUUUUAAAAAUAUAUAUUUUAAUAAAAUUUAUUAAAUGUUUACUUAGCUAUAGUAAAUAUUUAAUUAAUUGACGUUAUAACCAGACAAUAGAAAUUAUCUUUAAACCUUCUUGUAGAGCGAACUAUAGCAAUGUCACAUAAAUUCCCUCUGUAGGAUAAUUAUGCUCAGAAUUGCUGCAAUUUCUCAGUAUUGUACCGCAUAUUUGCAUAAAUUAAGACAACUCAGGAAAGCAAAUAAUGCAAAAAUAAAUCUGAUUAUCUCCUCUAUGUAUAUAGACACUAGUUAGAAAAUAUGCUGUCUCAAACAAGAAUAUAAUUGGAAAAAUACGUUUUAUUAUUGUUUUAUAUUAGGAUGCCCCGGAGUUAUUUUCGUCCUGCGCUUAGAUUGUUUAAUUGUACACAUAUCAGUGGUUGUUAUGCAAAAAAUAAAAUGUAUACAUAAUAGCUUUGUAAUAUGCAAUAAAUAGUUUUAAAUUUAAUUGAAGUAUUUUCGCUAUUGCCAUGUUAGAUUAGUGCAUGCAAUUUUGAAGAUUUAAUGAAAAUCUUUGAACUGACUUAUGAAGUAGUUUAUGAAAUUUGGGAAUUAAAUUAUACUUUAUUAAAUGGUU